CACCCAGCUUAAUGCUUCUGGCCACACAACUGCUUCUUAAGAUGAGACUCUGGGAACUUCUGCCAUUCCUGGUCCUCUUCAUCUUCUUAUGGGGCAUCCAGGAACCUAAGCUGGCAGAGGGGUUCUUUCUCAGAAUGUGCCCAAAACCCAAAGUGAAGUGUACAGAUGUAAAUACAGACGAAUGUUCACAGCAUGCACACUGUCCAUCAAGGCAAAAGUGCUGCCAGUUUGUCUGUGAUAAAAUAUGUAUGGACCCCAGAGACGAUUUUUGCACUCUGCCAAAGAAUAUUGGCCCCUGCAUGUUUCGUGUUCCACGCUGGUAUUAUAAUAAAGAAACUGGGGUCUGUACUCAAUUCAUCUUUGGUGGUUGCAUGGGGAACCGUAACAACUUCAAAAGUGAAAGUAUCUGCAAAUCCAUCUGUAAAAAAUGAUAUCUGUCUUCCUCGAUAGGAAAAGGUUGAGCUACAGAAAGCUCCAGGUCUUGGAAAUUUGAGACUUCCUUCUGUGAGUCCAAGGAUACUCUAGAUUGGCUGACAGCAGUCAAGUCUUAGCCACUAAGAUUCCGGCUGCUCCCACAACAGAACUGCAGAAUUGGCUUAUUCUCUUUCCCUCACGCCAGCGUCUCUUCAAACGUAAUGCCCUUAAGCCUUUUGACUCCUUCUCAGUGUAAGACCCUGUCACCUCAACCUCCGGGGCUCUCAUUUAUUCCUAUGAAGACUCUAGUUCCUCCUAAUAAAAAGAUCAUGCGAGU